AUGGCAUUCAAAGAAAUUCGCAAAAGGUCGCUCUUCCGACCUUGGAUCAAUUACGAAGAAAGUGAAACUCUGUGCGAAAAAGAGAAAUCAACUACGGAAAAAAAUAAUCUUAAUUUAUCGUUUAAACCGAUAAAUUAUUCAGAAAAUAACCAAAUAAUAAGUCAAUCUAUAGAUAAUAUCCAAUGGUCAAACAUGGAGGAAACGUAUCAAGUCAAUUGGAAAGAACCCGAACAUCAGCAGAUGAAUGUCUUUGCUAUAAAUCCAGAUAUAAUUGCUCCUGUGACUUCUCAUCAUUCUAUUUGGUGUCCCGAAACCAGUGGCACAGAUUUGUUGGGAACAGGAAGAUGGAGAGCGAAGAAGCAAAGACCGAAAAGAUUUCAAUGUCCUCAUUGCCACGUAUCUUUCAGUAAUAAUGGCCAACUGAAAGGACAUGUCCGUAUACAUACCGGAGAGAGGCCUUUCGCAUGCGAUCAUCCAGAUUGUGGCAAAACUUUCACUCGAAACGAGGAACUAACCAGACACAAACGCAUCCAUUCGGGAAUUAGGCCUUUUCCGUGUCCUCUUUGCGGAAAACGAUUCGGAAGAAAGGAUCACCUGAAAAAGCACAUCAAAACACAUCAAAGAGCUCAACUGCUUCAUUUUCCUAUCGGCUUACCUUCUUUCCAAGGAAUGCCUUUCGUCGUAGGAAACGAUUUCGUGCCUUGGUUGGGUUCUAUGUAGAUGCUCCUCUAAUUUACUCCUGUAAUUUUGUAUAUAAGAAUAUAUGAAUUAUUUAAUAAUUAUCAACGACUAAAUAUAUAUUUCUACAAGAAUAUAUACUAUCCA